UAUCUCUGUGUUGUGUCAUCUCAACCGAACAUGCUCAUGGAGAUUUAAAGCCCCCGUGAUUGACACGCGGUUCGACCAAUCACAGUGAAGCACCGCUGCCAGUCAGCCAAUCACGAUCAUCCACAGUAUUAUUGCCUGUUCUUCGGUUGAACGACAUUUCAGUGAGUAGCACUACAUCAGUCUGUCCUUUUCAUCAUGGCCUCUGGAGCUUUAUUCCCCAGCAUGGUGUCUGGGUCCCGCGGCUCCUCCAGCAAGUACCUGGUGGAGUUUCGGGCCGGCAAGAUGACCAUGAAGGCCAGCACGGUGACCCCUGACAAGCGCAAAGGUCAGGUCUACAUCCAGCAGACGGACGACUCCCUCAUCCACUUCUGUUGGAAGGAUCGGACCACCGGGAACGUGGAUGAUGACUUGAUCAUCUUCCCUGACGACUGUGAGUUCAAACGGGUGAGCCAGUGCACCACCGGACGGGUCUAUGUGCUGAAAUUCAAAGCUGGCUCCAAAAGACUCUUCUUCUGGAUGCAGGAGCCAAAGACUGACAAGGAUGAGGAGCACUGCCGUAAAGUGAACGAGUAUCUCAACAACCCUCCCAUGCCCGGCGCUCUCGGAAGUGGCGGCAGCGGAGGACAUGAUCUGUCUGCUCUGGGAGGGGAAGGCGGUCUGCAGAGCCUUCUGGGUAACAUGAGCCACAACCAGCUCAUGCAGCUCAUCGGACCAACUGGACUGGGAGGGAUCGGUGGUCUCGGAGCACUUGCCGGGCCAGGAUUGGCCAACCUCCUGGGCAGCAGCAGCAGUAGCAGCAGCGUUCCUGCAGCCAGUAACUCCUCCACAAGUCCGUCCACAGCCGUCACCCCCACCUCUACCUCUGCUACCAGUCGGCUCGGCUCCACCCAGGUUCCCACCACCCCCAUCACUCCCUCCGCCACCACAGCAGCCUCCCCCACAGCCACCACCCCCACCACCCCCGCUGCGGCCUCUGUGGCGGCGGGGGCAGCCAACCCCACACAGCCCAUCCAGCUGAGAGACCUGCAGAGCAUCCUGGCCACCAUGAACGUGCCCGCCAGCGGAACGGGAGUGGACCUCGCCAGCGUCCUGACACCUGAGAUCAUGGCUCCCAUCCUUGUCAACCCAGAGGUGCAGCAGAGGCUGAUGCCUUACCUGCCCUCUGGAGAGUCCCUGCCUCAGAGCACGGAGGAGCUCCAAAACACGCUCAGCUCACCUCAAUUUCAGCAGGCUAUGAGCAUGUUCAGCAGCGCCCUAGCAUCUGGGCAGUUAGGGCCUCUAAUGAACCAGUUUGGUUUGCCUGCAGAGGCUGUGGACGCAGCUAACAAAGGAGAUGUUGAGGCUUUUGCCAAAGCCAUGGAGACGGAGACAAAGUCAGACCAGGAGGGAGACUCCAAAGACAAGAAAGACGACGAUGAAGACAUGAGUCUGGACUAAGAACUCUUAAAGUUUAUUAUUUAAGGUAUUUAUUUAGCAGCUUCAUCUUUUUUGUAACUAUUAAACAUUAAGGAUAAAGAUUAUAGUUAAUAUAGUAGAAACCUUCUCUGCCCCCCUCCUUCUGAUUGUGCCGUGUUGAAUUCAUAAAACUAAUUUAACUGAUUGAACAUUUAACUCACCUGCAUGUCAGCUACUAGACUGAGCUGUCCUAAUGCAAGGGAACAGUAAACGAUGAGAAACGUG